CGCUCCACAUGUCCCCUUGCUUCUUCUUCUCUUCCCUUUUCACCUUUUCAAUUUUCUCUGAUCCAUAGCCUAAAUUUUCCUCAAUUCUCCGUCACAUUCCCCUGCAAAUUGAAGAAAAUUUCAGGGUUUAAUGGUAAUCAAGGUGAAGAAUUACUGAAGGCAGCUUAUAAAAGUUCAAACUUCACAGGAGGUUGUUUGGAAAUCCGUUUGUUCUACGUACGCAUAGUGUCCGGCGCGGUUGACGUAGUUCCGAAUCACCUUAUACUUCGUCACCUGCGCCGUGAAAUGGGUGUUUCGUUAGAGAUUAAUGGGUGUCGAAUUCCAGCAUCCGACACCGUUUGCAUCACGCUACGCCGUGACAGGGUUGAUAAGGGAUCAUCAGAGGUGACGUAUGUUAGCACUGACAAUGUUAGAGUUUCUGGGACGGUGGAAUUUGAGGUACAUGAAGAGAAAGAGGAGUUAAAGGAGUUGAUACUUUGUGGGUCAUUGGAAAGAGUGGAGGGUACUUGGGAUAAUGGUAAUGGGACUGGGUGGAGUAUGGAUUGUUACAAUCCGGCGUCUUUUGGGAGUGGUGGAUCAGUGUUUUUUCAAUCAAAGAUUCGGGUUUCGUCGCCAUCGAUUGAGGUUUACGUCGCGGGUUGUUGUUCUGGUGUGCCUUUGAUUCUGACCAAAACGAUUCAGGUUAGCCCCAGGAGGAAGUUGUCUAGGCAUCGUGUGUUGGACUCAAUUCCUGAGGAUGAGGGGGUUGGGAAGGAGCACCAAUAUGUCAAUGGAUUCAUUCCACAACAAAAACUGCCGAUCACAGACUCCGAGUUGGAUGAUUAUGAGUCAGAAGGAAAAGCUGGACAUGGCUUUUACUCAGAAGACAUGUACUAUGGUGAAGAUGGUCAACUCUCCUGGUUCAACGCUGGAGUAAGGGUUGGAGUGGGGAUAGGCCUAGGGAUGUGUGUCGGUGUCGGAAUUGGGGUGGGGCUACUUAUGCGCUCUUAUCAAGCAACCACUACAAACCUGCGGAGGAGGUUCUUUUAAGCAUGAGAAUUUUUUUGCGAGUAAACUGUGGUCGUUAUUGACUUUGAUUUGAAGAUAAAAAUCAAGAUCGCUAAUGGUUGUUGUGAUGUUCAGCAUCCAACAGUAAGUAGGCAAUAGAGGAUGACAUAGUGGAGCCACUGAGGUGUGACAUAAUAUAAAUCUCUGGAGUGAAUAUUAGUUCUUGAUAUACUGAAGCUGCAAAAGACCCUCCAUCAAAGACUUCUAUCGAAAUGUUGACUGAUGCUAACGUGGAUAUAGCUGUAUUUGAAACCAUUGGGAACAAUGUGUUUAUAGGUAUAGUAACGUGUUGUGUUGGGCUAUGUUGCUCAAACUCUCGAAAAAUGUCGACGGGUGCGUGUCGGGUUCGCAAAAAAGUAGUGUAUUUUUGGAGAAUCUGACAUGGGUACGGCACCAAAAUGAAGUUUUUGACAACUAAGGUGUUGGGGAAGAUGAGCUGUAUUUAGAUGUAAGUUUUUCAUACAUCGUCUUUUCGAGUAAAGUUUUUCUGGGUAGCUAGCGGGGGAUGCUGCUGACAUCUUUUUGGGUGUUGUUACUUUUGGUGAGUUCACAAUGGUCGUUCAAUAAUUUUGGUCAUGGCAACAAGCUGCCAUUGUGUAAUAAGUGUCGUUUGUAUAGUUCCGACUGAAGUAGAUACUGUACAAAUUACUAAUACAAGGAAUAGUUUCAUUUGUAAAUUCUUGAAUUUUUGGUUCAGAUAUAGAUUGUUUCAAACUUUGGAUUCCUCUUA